AUGGAAAGUGCUCGAAAUCAAAAGUAAUGAUAAAACAGACUUGUUCGAUUAUUUACUUCACAAAAUGAAAAAUUAAGCGAAGAAUAUCGGCAGCUUAAACAUAGAUAUGACGAUAUUAUAAGAAGCAAAAGCACUGGGAGAAGUUCUGCCACCCCACAAAUAAGUUUGAAAAGCCAAAGUGGAAGUAGACUAAAGUGUGCAAAAUCAUUAUUAAAAGUAUUGAAAAAUGACAAAGUUUAUCUAGAGCACAGGAGAUCUAUAUCUCCGCAGCAAGAUGAUUAUGCGUAUAAUCUUCAGCUACAAAUACAAGAUCAAUUAAGAACUAUCCUGAUCAGUCUUAAUCUAAUAUAUUUAAUUUAUAAUAUUGGCCUAUUUUAUAUAAAUAAAUUAUAAAUAAUUUUUAUCGAAAUUUAUUGAAUUCAGCUUAUACUUAAGCUUGAAAAAGAAAACAAAAAAUUAAAUAAAGAAAAAUGUGUUUCAGCCAGCACUGAUACUAUCUAUUUAAACCCUGAUGGAGGAUUAAUCAGAGAAAUUGCAAGAUACCGAAAAAUGAUUGAAAAAAUAGAAGAGGAAGAAAUUAAUAACAAAAAUAAGUUAAAAGAAUAUCAAAUAAGAAGCCAUAGGCUUGAAGAAGAACUGAAUGAUUUGCAUGAAAGUGGGUAUAAUAUAACUGAAGAAACUGACAGGGGAGAAAAUAAUGAAGAUACUUAUCGAAUACUAAUGAAAAAAUUGAAAUUGAUAGAGAAAAUAUGAAGAUCUAAUAUGACAAAGUUCCAACAGAGGAUAAAAGAUUUAGAAAAAGAGCAAAAAGAGCUUCAAGAUGAAGCGAUGGCUUUGCAAAGCAAAACUUUCAAAAAAAUGUCACAGCAGCGGCUUCUUAAGGUGACGUUUGAUGACUAUAAAAAUCUGAAUAAAGAGCGGUAUUUCAGCAAAGACAAUGAUUUUUACCACCCUGAUAUAAAUUUUCUCUAUAAGCCUUCUAUUAAUUCACUGUACAGUUAA